CCCGUCCUUCCUUGAUACCUUCCAUUCCUACACCUUCCGACAGCACGCACGACCAGCAUUCCUCGCACCACCGAAGAUGGAUACUACUACCGACUCGAUCGGUCCAGCACCUCGACCCCCACAGUUAUGGUGAGUAUCUAAAUAGUAGCACCCUUCUAUGCAUUCCUAGAGAGCAUUCCUCAGCGAACAUGGCAAUCGGAAAUCUCUCUGGGAUGGAAAGGAUCGGAUGUUACAAACCCCCUUUUCCCCUGACUGCGCGAGUUUCCAAGCUUUCGGUCACCACGCGAAAGUAACACUGAAUACUUUGUGAUCACUAACACAGAGUGAUGCAUUUACAGUAACCGUUAUCUCGACGAAACUCGCGUCCGCUUUACCCCAGUGAAGAUAUCCAACGCCCCUCGUGUAUGGGACCGCAAACCCUCCACGUCUUUCCUGGCGCGUUCCAAGUCGCGCAAAGUGUGGAAGCGCUUUCGCUCCUCGUUCAACAGCAUGAAGGCCCUACAGCAGUUGAUUGGCACAGAGUCCGGCAGUCUCCAGGAGAACGAGCUCUUCCUGGAAAUCAACACCAGGCGCAACACAGACUUUUCUCGUGGUGUCAAGCGACAAUGCCUUGGGGUUCAGAGAGACUCUGAUGAUGGGUGCAAAAACGAAACUGAGCACUGCGAUGUUGAGCCUGCUGCGAUGCGAGGCAGGUCAUUCCUCGAGACGAAAUGGGAGUCUGAAGUCUCGCGCAAGCAACGCAAGCUUCCUGCAGGAUACUAUGACACCCUCGUACACGAUGCAGAACAACUAAACGACGGUGACCUACAAUCUGAAGAGAACGUUGAUCUGGAAAUAGGUGGCAAUGAAUGCGGUCUGAAUACGUCCACGUCAGGCUUUGAAAGUGUUGCGCAGGAGCAUGGUGCAGAAAGGGACGAAUCGCCAGCGCUUACCCCCAGUAGUCCCGCUGUUGAGGCAGCCUAUCCCCACGCGCUACCUGGCGAGCCUGAGCGCCUACUAAGUGAAGGACGUGGUGUGACUCGGAAUAUAAAACCCCUCGAUGGUGUCGACGAGACCGAAAUUCAGAAGGCUUUUUCUACCAUCUCUAGUAGCAGCGGUGCAGCAGCGACCGACAAAAAUGCCAGCCCAAUCGUAGCAAUGACGGACGAUCGACAGCUGCGACAACCUAGCGCGGCUACGAUUACUAUUCAACACACAGAUCAGGAUACAGCAAUGGAUGCUCCGGCUCAGCAACAGUUGACUGCAGAACUGGAGUCCACCCUCGUCCGAUCGGCACUACGCAGCUCUCUCGAUGGCGAAGAUACCGAGUUGCUAAAUAACUUCCUAUCCAAGGCCAAAGCGAAGCGCGAAGCGAAAGCCGCUGCGGAGGCCCAUGCAGCAUCAGCCACCAUCGCCCAGGACCCUGAAGAAAAAUUGCAGCUCCAGGAAGUGCCAGUUUCAGUGGUUGAGAUCCCCACUCCGGAAGCUCGUCGAGUCCUCGAGGAUCUCGAUACAAACUCGCCAUCGCCGCAAAAGUCGCCAUCCAAGUCUGCUGACGAGAAGGACGAAAAUGCGGGGGACAACGCCAGCCCGGCCGGGCGCCGGAGCACGCGAGCCCGUAGCUCGAGACCCCUACAGCGAGCAACCGCGCCAACUGCUGUUCGCCAUGCGUUCUCCCUCCGGCGUGCAAGAGGCACGGAAUUUGUCUUCCUGCAGCGCACCGAGGCCCAAGAGCUAGCCCUACUGACCCGCCGCAACACACGCCAGAACAAGGGAGAUUCUACACUUCCCAAGUUCACUUUGCUAGGGUUAGCACGACAGACCCGAGAGACAUCGCCAACAAGUAGCAGUCCCUCCGACAGCGAGAACCAACCCAAAAGCCAGAAACCUGACAAGCCGCCCAAGAAACACGUCUCGUGGAAUGACGAGCAGCUGGUCCAGUUCGAGGGGAGCGAGAGUAGUGAAGAAACCCCUGGCCAAGGGGGCAAAGCCACGACAAACAGCCCAGAGAAAAGAAAGGCAGCCAGUAACCGCAGUUCUCGUUCCCAGACGUCAUCAAAGACUGGUGGUGACAAGGCUGCAGCUGCAGCGACUACUGCAUCCGCUACUGCACCGUCUCGAGGGCGGCGUGUGCGGCGGUUGGGACCAUCCAGAGUCGACUCCACCACCACAACGGACUGGGACAGUGCAUCGUCAUCACCAUCGUCGCCAACUACCAGCCCUAUUGCCAAGCGUAAGAAAUUAACGCCCAAGUCACCAAAGCCCACGACGAUGCGCACACCAUCCAAGGCGGCCACCAGUACCGGUUCGAGCGAAGAGAAACCCUCCCUAUUAAGUGGUGGUCGUUCAGUGAAGACGAGUCUGCUCAAGGUGAACGCCGGAUCGACUCCGAUGCCCCGACGAGUUCGAUCACGGUCUUAGUUUUUUUUUUAAUUCUUUCAUCCUCUUAUUAUCACUUUGCUCCCUAUUACGCAAUGUGCAUACUAACAGGGGUUUCUUCUUCGUAUUAUUCUUGUUUGUGUACAUAAUGUGUGGACGGGGAUUUGGAGGAACAGGC